GCUGGUUUGGGAGUGAAAGCAAGAAAGGGGCAAAUAGAGACACACACACAGAAAGGGAAGAGUUUGAGAGGCAGAGAGAGGGCACAGAAACAAGAGAGGAAGAGAAGCAGAAGCAGAGGACAGUAACUGGACUGCAGAGAAGGUGUAAGAGCUACAAAGCUGGCAUCAGUUGCAAUGGAGUGGAAAGUCUUUUUGUUCUGUGGCUCCCUGCUAUUUGUCUCCUUACAGUUCCAGAGCUGUGCAGCCCACCCAGUUAUGGACUUGGACAAAGACAGAGACCUGGACACCUUAAAGGGGGUACUGGAGAGGCUGGAAGAGAAACUGGCUGUUAUGGAAGCUUUGGACGCAGAUGCUACAAAUCCUAGUUCAGAGGAUGCCGAUGCUGCUCGGCUGGCUGUAAUAGACCAAGAAGAGAUUGCCUCCCAGUCGUUCCCAGAGCCCCAGCUGCCGCUUAAGGACUCAUUCCUCAAAGGGUUAAGGUCGCUGCGAAACCCCAAAAUGAUGAGGGGCUCCGGCUGCUUUGGAAGACGAAUAGACAGAAUCGAUUCCCUGAGUGGAAUGGGCUGUAAUGGGUCCAGGAGAUAUUGAUCCAGGAAGGAUUUCAGAUUCUCUUCUGUUUCUUUAUGCCCUAUAAACUUUGCAUAGACAUUUGUGUUCUAUUUAAGUCUUUGUUCUUAUUUAUUUAUUUAUGACUAUUUAUUUGAUAUUUUAUAACAACAUUUGGUAGCACUUCAUAAUUCAUAUUAAAAAUGACAGCUGACACUUUA